UUUAACUUUCGUUGUCAGCUUUAAUUAUGUUUUCGAAGAUAGAAUAACAAAAACCCAAUAGUUGAUACUUUUACAAUGUAAAUUCAUUCCUAAAUGGCUCGUUGUAUUCAUUUGUUUCUGACUGAUAUUUAAUCAGAGCUACAAAUAAUCAAAUGCUUAUAUUGAGAGAGACAGUGUGAUUAUAAGCGAUAAUUUAACAUGGGAUGCUAUGUCUAAAAAUCUUUUUCUUAAAGAAAUAAACAAAAACCAUAAUAGUACAUUGGAAAGUAAUGGUUCACGUUUUUUUUUUAUUCCUAGGAAUCCAAAUGUCUUCUAAAGGAGAACAUUGCACUGUGCUACCAGAAUAUGACGGAUAUGUAUUACCGGACUUUCUUCCUCUACUACCACUGCCUGACAAACAAAUGGCGGCCGUCCGAGACUUUGAGUCGAAAGACAGUGAUAUAUUAAUUUGCAGUUUACCCAAAACAGGAACAAACUGGUGUUAUGAGAUCUUGUCGAUGCUGGUACAAGGCCACGCCACGUAUGUGAAGGGUGCUAAAAUCGCAGGUAUGUUGGAAGCUGUAGACGACCUUUCAACUUUGAACGAUUUGAAGUCCCCGCGUAUUUUGAGUACGCAUGUUCCGUUCCGCCAUCUACCAAAGCAGCACUUAGCUAAGGGAUGUAAGAUAAUCCUCUCUCGGCGUAAUCCGAAAGAUGUGUUUGUCUCAUGGUAUAAUCACUGCAAACACGAUGACCGCAUUUCCCACCCCAAAUUAGCAGACGAGGAGGAAUUCCCAGGAACCUGGGACUGCUUCCUCAAAGAUCAGACGGAAAACAAACACAAUUUUUACGAUGGAUUCUUCCCUUACGAGAAGGCAUGGGACGAGGCCAUUAGAACAAAACAAGUCACCAAUGUACAUACAAUCUUCUACGAGGAACUUAAGAAGGACCCAGUGGAUGCGAUAAAACGGCUGGCAAAGUAUCUGGAGCUGCCCGAAAACGAUGAACUAGCGAAAGAAAUAGCAGAUAAAUGUUCUUUCCAAAAGUUUUUGAACGCAGUUGUCACAAUUAAAGCAGGCCCAGUGAAAAUUGUGGAAGGUGGAAAUCAUUUCUUGUUCAGAAAAGGAAUCGUUGGAGACUGGAAGAACUGGUUUACAGUGGCACAAAACGAAAAGUUUAAUGAGCUACUGGACAAGGAACUGAAGGGAACAUCUCUCAAAUAUACAUAUGAAAUUUAAUAUACUACUGUACGUAUACUGCUAUUGAGAGGCUGAAAAUCGGGAUUAAUAUGAACGUGUAUACAAGCAUUUUAUACAUUGGAAGCUGCCAUACAUGUAAUUCAUUAUACUCAAGUACCAAUAUAUGCCAAGGCGACAAACAAAACGAAAGUAUUACGAUACAGUUCUAUUAUCAUGAUUAUGCUGAUGGAGUUGAAGUCAUGACUUGUGCGUUAAUUAUAUUUUACGCACCAAAUAUACAGUACUUAUAUUAAAUAUUUAUGUAGUCAGUAAAAUCGGUGACAAAUGCACAGAAUAUGAAUCGACAAUGUCAUCAAAUAACACCGUAUCCAGAUCAUGACAAAGUUGUUCUCGUAAAAAUUUGGACGUCAUCGACAACGUCGUAAACAAUACCGUAUUCAGAUUAUCAUAACAAAGCUGUCCUCGUAUAAUUUGGACGUCAUCGACAACGUCGUAAACAAUACCGUAUUCAGAUUAUCAUAACAAAGUUGUCCUCGUAUAAUUUGGACGUCAUCGACAACGUCGUAAACAAUACCGUAUUCAGAUUAUCAUAACAAAGUUGUCCUCGUAUAAUUUGGACGUCAUCGACAACGUCGUAAACAAUACCGUAUUCAGAUUAUCAUAACAAAGUUGUCCUCGUAUAAUUUGGACGUCAUGGAAAUUGAUUUGACAAAGAUAUAAACAAAUGUUUUAAAUGGUAGGAUUCCGAUAAGUAAGGUAGGCGUCGUGACCUAUUUUACCUCAUUGUCGUGUUUUAUUGGCUAGCAUGGGAAGGUCAGGUAUGACAUACAGUCCUAAUCAAUCUCGUUCAGAGAGCCUAUCAAUUGAUCAUUCAGAAUAAAUACAGGAUUAUUGAAUUGUGUUUGUUUGUAAACAACGCUAUAACCGCUAGCGUAUUUCAUUGUUGACAAUUGAUCAUUUUAUCGAUACUAGAUUAAGGUCGAAUAUCCGUUAUGUAUAAUAAACAAAAGAUUAAUUAUACCUUAAUUAUUAAGUUUUGCAUAAUAACCCUUGAAGUAGCAUAUUGUCUAGGUAGUAAUCUUUAUAUCUAGAGUCGGCCAAUUAUUAGCGAAGUGGUCAAACAGUGGCCAUAUGCCAAUGAUAGCAGUACAAGAUACAAGAAACUUAUUUUAUGCGAAAUAUGUGUAACAGUUAACGCAAGGUCGCGGCAGCUUGUGCUUUAACAAACAUGGUGUCAAUGGUAGGCCAUAAUAGUAAACACAACAAAAUUAUAUCUUAAGGGGUACGACAUGGUCAGGAUAUGAUAACAAUCUGUUUAGAAAAUUGACAUGGGUGAUCUUUGCCCGAUCAUUUACUUCGACGCAAAAUAUUGCUAUGCCUUUCCAAUCUAAUUUUUUCGAUAUCUUGACGUUUUCUGUGGAAACAUGACAUUUUUUUCAAAAAUGUGAUUUUUUCAAAAUAAGGAUGAAAAAAUUUUCUAAAUUCUUUGAAAAUGUAAGUGGUUAAAGGCAAAAUCCUAUUUUAUUUGAGAACAUUACCUACAAGUAAGAAUUCUGUUUUGGGAGAGAGAGAGAAAAAAAAAAAAUCCUAGAAAUCCAGAAAACACUUUCUGUUCCAUCUUUUUUGGCAUCCAACUAUGAUCAUUAGAAUCGUUCCCAACCAUGAGGGAAUGAGAGAGAAACCCUCAUCCCAGAGGUGAUAUGCUUGUCUAACCCGAGUUUCUAAUGAGGGAUCAACAAUAUCGCCCCGGGGUUGGUUAGGGGUGAUUAUUAUUCCUUCAGCACACUACAUUUGGCUAUGUUUACAAUUAUCAGACGACGUUUGUAAAGUAGCUCCAGUUAACUUCUGGUUCAGAAUGACAGCACGUGCUAUGCUGCAUCCUCGGGGUUGACAGAGAAAUCACACCGUAUGUUGUGAUAGGUAUGUCACCGUCAUACCAAGAAUUGUCUCUCAUUUUUCUCUUUCACCCCAAAGGUUGUUAUUUCUCUGUCAAUCCCUAGGGUAUGACAGAUAGCACUGACUGGCAACACUACAAUGACGUCACUUCAACAAUACGAUGAGGUCACGACAACAAUACAAUGACGUCACUUCAACAAUACGAUGAGGUCACGACAACAAUACAAUGACGUCACUUCAACAAUACGAUGGCACGUCGAAAAUCCAACAAAGUCACUUCAAUAUUUCA